AUGUCAAGUUACAGCCAACGUUCGCAUGACGACACUUCGAUUGACUCCUUCCUCCUUUUAGCAGACGCUGGGUGGAAGGAGAUAGUGGAUAGUCUUGUAGAUGAUCACGCCCUGGACUGGUUGACGUUCCGGACUAACGACCACGAAGGGAUCUCCGCCACGUUGACGUUCUGGAGCCAUGCGCGUUCUGUACCUGGGACGAUUGAUCUCGGCGAUGAAGACAGCACCUUCGAACAUGUCAAGGUUCCAAACAUGUGGUCAGGUAGCAAGCGCCUUGAAAUGGCAAAGCUGUUCGAAGCAGUCACUUGCUAUUUGCCUAGUGGUUUGGGAAAAUGUUCCAGUCGACUGUUUCGAAUCGACCUUGUCGAAGAACUUCUGACAGAGGGCCAAGAAUACAUACUCGAUCAAGAUUAUAACGUCCGUUGGACUGACUACGUUCACUUGAAUCGCCAAAUCUUCGCACACCUUCUGACUCGUGCCAUAGAUGUGGUGUGGUCGAAGACGCUCAAUGCGACGAUACUAGCUAUUUUGCAAGACAAGACUUACAAGCCAUCACCGACUCGAUGGGAGACAACACAUAUUCUGAAGGUAGACUUCAUGAGCGAAAGUAUAUCUAUCUCAAAGUGGGCUAAAUGCAAUACACUGGAGGCGAGAACGCAAAUGAUGUUGGAUGUUAUGGAGACCUAUCGUAGAUACUGGAGGAUCCUCUCCCGCACACCGCAACAGGCAAUGGAGUACCAAGGUCUAUCGGAAGUCCAAAAGCUCAUGGCCAACGCAGGCUAUAAACAUUGGCUAUUCAAGCCUUGA